UCUGAGCCUGGGACUGAUCAACUGCCCCUGUUCACAGUGGGAGUCCAGCAAAAACACCUGAAAACAUGGUGGUAGACCUUCCCAGGCACCUUCCUCUCCUGUUGCUGCUGGGGCUGUGGGAGCCAAUGUGUCUAUUUUGCGCUCACCCUAAAGGUCUCUCCAAGGCGCGCUGGUUUGAAAUUCAGCACACACAGACAAGUCCUCAGCAAUGCAAUACAGCCAUGCGCAGUGUCAACAAUUAUACCCAACACUGUAAACAGAAAAACACUUUCCUGCAUGAAUCCUUCCAGAAUGUAGCUGCUACCUGCAGUUUGCACACUAUCACCUGCAGGAAUGGUCGGAAGAACUGCCACAAGAGCACAAAGCCUGUCAAAAUGACUGACUGCUCACACACUGGAGAAGCCUAUCCCAACUGCCACUACAGUAGUGCUGUACUAUACAAAUUCUUCAUUGUGGCCUGUGAACAUCCAAAGAAGGCCGACCCUGCCUACCAACUGGUGCCUGUGCACUUAGAUAAGAUCGUGUAAGGCUAGGUAGGUCUUUUCCUCUGUUUGAUGCCGGUUCUCUUACAGUUUAUUCCACUUUGCCUUUUGUCCCACAGAAAAGGGAAGGUACUGGAAGAAUUAACACCCCUAAGCUAUCAAAAUAGAAUAAAAAAAAUAAGAGUGCAUGGGUUAUGACGUAGCUCAGUAAAUGAGCACUUGCUUAGUGCACAGUGGGCCCUGGUUUCAAUCAUCAUAGCACCCCCCACCAAAGAAAGAGAGGAAGAAAAAGAUGAAGAAA